CAAUUCGAACCGUUGUUUUAAACGUAUCUGCUGCGCAGAAGCAAACAAAAAAGUUCUAAUUAAAAAAGCAAGCACACAAGCAAAAAAUUAAAAUGUCGAUUGUUCCACUCUUGAGUUUGGCCCGAGAUCUGGAUAGCGCCUACAAUGACUGGGACCAUUUCCUCGACGAUGACUUCGGCUUCGGAGUGCACGCUCACGAGCUAUUCCACCGUCCACGUCUGGUGAUGCCACACCAUCUGCAUCGUCGCCGCUCUCACUUCAUGCCAUACGAGAGAAACCAUCAUCAAUUGGUGCCGGCACGUCGUCGCGGCUCUGUUGGACAGAACGCUCUGCUGCCUGUCGUUGGCAAAGAUGGCUUCCAGGUCUGCAUGGACGUGGCACAGUUCAAGCCCAGCGAGCUGUCCGUUAAGGUGGUGGACAAGACGAUAAUCGUCGAGGGCAAGCACGAAGAGCGCGAGGAUGGCCACGGCAUGAUCCAGCGCCAUUUUGUGCGCAAGUAUACCUUGCCCAAGGACUACGAUGGCAAUGAUGUCGUCUCAACAGUCUCCUCAGAUGGAGUGCUUACACUGAAGGCACCGCCGCCACCCAGCAAGGAGCAGGCUAACAAGGAGCGCAUCGUGCAGAUUCAACAAACAGGCCCUGCUCACUUAAGCGUCAAGGCGCCAGAGGGCGCCGCCGACGGUAAAGGCAAGAGCGAAAAUGGUGAAAAAAUGGAGACUGGCAAAUAGAGGCGCGUGACAGAAAGAAGGAAGCGGAGUGUUGCCACACUGUUCGGAGAGUGCAAGACUUACCACAUUCACACACACACCAUACACAAACACACACAUACCAAAACAUGUACAUCGCAAACUUCAUCGCAUGUUAGCAAUAAGAGAUUUUAAAUGCACCCAUUUGCAAUGUAAGAUUUCCACUUGGUUUACUCUAUAUGUAUUAUGUAUUUUAAAAAUACUAUCCAUGUAAAUUAAUAUUUUUGUAACAUGUAAAGGAACAGCGGCAGCACUCGACUUAUGUAUUUGCAUUUA